GUGCGGCUGGCAGCUGCGCUGUGCUGUUUUAAACCGCCUUUUUAAGCCAAGUGUGGAAACUAUGAAAUAAAAGGAGCUCUGCGUAAAGCUGCUGUGUGGGGCGCUCCUUCCUGGGGGCGGAGCCUGCGGUUCCUUUAAGGGCUGAUUUGCAUACGGGCUAAUUUGCAUGUCAUUUGCAUACGCGGCGCGCUGAGCGCGCCUGAAACGCGACGGGCGCGGAAGCGGUGCGGAGGCUCCGGGCGCGGUGGGGGAGCAGCGUGCGGGGCCCGGCCCGAGCUGCCGCCGCCCCGGGGCGGGUUGCUGCGGGACCGGGCGCUGCCCGGCACGGCCAGCCCGGUGCUGCGGGGCCAGGUUGCCCCCCCAGGACGAGGGGGGCAGGAGGGCCCCUGCGCUCCCUGGGAGAGGAGGUGCCGAUGGGAAUAGCUGCUAAUGUUGACCCACCAAGCGCCCCUGGUAGUCCUGCAGUGAUGGAGCGGCCCUGGCUGAAGCGGUUCGACAAGCCAUCCCGCCUCCUGCUCCACGCGCUGGCAUCAGGCUCGUCCGGGACUCUGGCUGCUCUCAGAGCGCUGCAGCGCGGCCAGGCUGGCGAGGGACCGGGGCAGGCGUUUUCCUGGCAGGCUUUCAUGGCAGCCCUGUGCUCGGAGGAGCCCACGCUGGAGGGGCCGGAGAAGACCCUGGCUGUCAAGCCACUGCUGCUGCUUCUCCCCGUUGUGUGCCAAAGGAACCUCUUCUCUCUGCUGCACGUGGCGCAAGCCGUGGUGCCGCGGGAUGGCCUCAGCCGGCUGCUUCAGGCCGUGGGGCAGCACCCCGGUGCGGAUCCCUGGGUGCAGACGCUGGGAGACCUGCUCCGGCGGGGGCUGGGGGGAGAGGAGAGGUCCCCAUCCCCUGCCGCCCUGACGGAUGCGUGCCAACAGCAGCUUCGAUGCCUGUGCCAGAAAAUUGCGGGCAAUGCCCAGAGCAAACCAGAGGGGCAGAGGAGACUGAGCUGGUGCGUCAGAAAAGGGCCAAGUCCUGCCGAGGACACGGCUGACUCUGCGUUUCAAGGUGGGAAACGCAAGAAAGCGUCAGAAGAGAGCCUGGAGUUGAAAGAGGAGAGGCAUGGGAAAAGGUUGCUGCUGGAAGAGGACGCAUUUGACCUGUACCUCCCAGGACCCCAAGAGGAGCUGCCUGGGGAGACAUCAGGGGACAGAUCUGCUCAGAGCCCGGUUGGGUCUGCUCUGGAAAGCUCCCAGCAGGAUGUGGCUGUGGAGCCGAGCGAGGCCAGGCAGAACUCGCAGGCGGAGCUGGCAGCGGAGGUCCAGUCCUUUCUCCAGAUGCAUGGGCCAAGGCUGAAGAUGCUGCUGCAGAUGGACUCCAAUCACCCGGAGCUGAGCGUCCCACCCGAGCUGCGCAUCCUGAACGACUGCUCUCCCGGCCAGCUCGAGGGGCUGUGCUCCUUCCUGCAGCUCUCCACCUGCCCAGAGCAUCUCCUGGUGCGUUUCUGCACCUGGCUGCUGGCUCUCACCCCUGAUCUCAGCUACACCAGCGCAGCCAUCCUGGCAGAGCAGCUCUUCCUCGCACGGGUGCUGGCACUCGCCCAGCCGCCCUCCCGCCACCUCAUGGCUGCCCUGGCCUCGUUCUGCUCCAAGUACGCCCAGGCCUUCUGCCGAGUCCUGGUAGCUCCAGUCCUGCAGGAGCCCGGGGAAGGCCCCGAGCAGACCAAGCUGGUGUGUGAGCUGGUGGAGGAGUGCCUGGAGCCGGAGUAUGUGAGACUGGUGUUGAGCCAGGUCCUAGAGGUGCCUUUGUCAGAGAGGCUCCUGCUGGUUGUGCAGGCGGUGCUGGGGAGGCAGGAGGUGCUGCCCCCUGAGCUCUUCGAUCUCCUGGUCCUCACUCUGUGCCGGCAGGCCCCAGCCUUUGCCACGUCACUGAAUUAUGCCAAGCUGGUGACAGCUGUGCUCACCUUGUACCAAAGCCAUGUCACAGCAGCCCAUCGGAGCCGUCUGUCUGCCGCUCUGGGUCAGAGCAAUGCGGUGCUGAAGAAAUCGCUGCAGGCUUUGCUGGAAGAAGCACCUCCCAGGUGAUGGUGGUGAAGGGGAGCAGCAAGGGAGACUGGUGCUGGCUUCCUUGUGCAGCGGAUGCUCUUUAGAGAGGCAGCGGCUGCAGCAGGCAUCCCUCGCUGGGGUUGCAUGCCAGCGUAGUGGGGACUCCAGGACCGGGCCCCAACAGCCGCGUGGGAUGCGGGCGCACGCUACGCCCGCGUUUCUGCCAUGGACCUACACAACCACCUCUUGCAGCCGAGCCCCGUGGAGCCUGCAAUGUGGCGGUCGCUGGGAGGAAACCGAAGCGAGGGGCUGCACAGUGAGCGAACACCCCUUGUAGUGGCCGCAGUUCGGUCUGCAGUGGUGUGACAACUGUGGCCUGCCGCGCUCUUUUGGGCUUGAAGAUGAGGGGUUUCAUGCUUAAACACUGAAUACGUUUCCAAGCUUCA